AUGAACAAACUUUUUAUCGUUCUUCUGGCGGUCUGCCUUGUCAGUGUGCACGCCUUUGUGAAAAGAGAUGCCGAAGAAGCCAGCAAUGCCGCCACUGGAGCAGACAUUCAAAAACAAGUCCAGGACAUAAUUAACACGAUCGGUGCGAAAAUCAGCGAAUCAUUGAGCCCUGAACAGUUAAAAAAGAACUUUAACAACGUCGUCGAUGAAGUACAGAAAUCUCUCAAUCAAUUGAAGGCAAAUUCCGAAGCUGCCAAAAAU